GGAAAACAGAAAUUGCAGGGAGAGAUGACAGAGAGAGAGGGGGAAGAGAGAGAGAGAGAAACCUUGGAUCCAAAAAGCGCUUUUUCUUUUUCUUUUUCUUUCUUCUCACUCUUUCUCUCUCGACAAACAAACAAUGCCGCUCUAAUGGAAGCCCUCCGAGCCUUCUUCUAGUUGCAGAGCAGAGAGAAGGCUCUGAGAGAGAGGAGGGGAAGAGAGGACGUUGAAUCUGCAGGCAAUGGGACUUCGCUGCUCCAAAAUUUCGCUCUGCUUUUGGCCUUCUCAUUUGAAAUCGAACAUUCGCGAGUCGUCCUAUUUAGAGAACGGCGGGAAGGACGAUGAGUACUUACCGAGUUUCAGGGAAUACAGCUUGAGCCAGCUCAGAGCUGCCACGUCCAGGUUUGCCGCCGACAACAUUGUGUCGGAGCACGGCGAGAAAGCUCCCAAUGUCGUAUAUAGGGGGAAGCUUGAAGACGAGGGCCGUUGGAUUGCCGUUAAGCGUUUCAACAAGUCUGCUUGGCCCGAUGCUCGCCAAUUCACAGAGGAAGCAAGAUUGGUAGGGCAGCUUCGGAGCGAGCGUUUGGCUAAUUUGAUUGGGUGUUGCUGUGAGGACGAUGAGAGAUUGCUAGUUGCGGAGUUCAUGCCGAAUGAAACGCUUUCGAAGCACCUUUUUCACUGGGAGGCCCAGCCCAUGAAAUGGGCAAUGAGACUGAGAGUGGCUUUGUAUUUGGCAAAAGCCUUGGAGUACUGCUGCAGUAAAGGGCGGGCUUUGUACCAUGACCUCAAUGCUUAUAGGGUUUUGUUCGAUGAGGAAGGUGAUCCCAGGCUCUCCUGCUUUGGCCUUAUGAAGAAUAGCAGAGAUGGCAAGAGCUAUAGUACAAACUUGGCUUUCACCCCUCCAGAAUACUUAAGGACAGGUAGAGUGACACCAGAAAGUGUAGUAUAUAGCUUUGGCACACUGCUGCUUGAUCUUCUCAGUGGCAAACAUAUCCCCCCAAGCCAUGCACUUGACUUAAUUCAUGGCAAGAAUUUUCUUAUGCUGAUGGACUCUUGUUUGGAGGGGCAUUUCUCAAAUGAUGAAGGAACUGAAUUAGUGCGGUUAGCUUCACGUUGUUUACAGUAUGAACCUCGUGACAGGCCACAUGCAAGGUCCCUUGUGACUGCUCUUACUUCCCUUCAGAAAGAAACUGAGGUUCCAUCGCAUGUUUUAAUGGGCAUUCCAUAUGGAACUGCUUCUGAAAUGGGGACAUUGUCAUUAACACCUCUAGGUCAAGCUUGCUCCAGAGUGGAUCUUACUGCCAUUCAUGAAAUAUUGGAUAAAGUUGGAUAUAGGGGUGAUGAGGGCGUCGCUAAUGAGCUUUCUUUUCAGUUGUGGACAAGUCAAAUACAGGAGGCCCUGAAUGCUAGGAAGCAUGGAGAUUCUGCUUUUCGUGCGAGGGACUUUACCACUGCAAUUGAUUGUUACACAAGUUUCAUCAACAGCGGGGCUAUGGUAUCACCAACCGUGUUUGCAAGGCGCUGCUUGUGUCAUUUAAUGAAUGGGAUGGCCCAAGAAGCUCUUGGGGAUGCCAUGCAAGCUCAAGUAGCAUCUCCAGACUGGCCAACUCCCUACUAUCUUCAAGCAGCUGCCCUCUCCGGCCUUGGGAUGGACAGUGAUGCCCAGGAAACGCUCAAGGAUGGCACAACACUGGAGGCCAAAAAGAACAGAAAGUGAAAGUGUAUAGGUCUUUCCUUCAUCCUUUUUUAUUUAAAUACCUGUAUCUAUCUCCUUCAAAUUUUCGUUAGCUCGGAAUUGCACAACACGGUAGGAUUGACUCUGGGUGUUGGUGUUGUGUAUCCCUUAGAUCUAUAAAUCCAGAGAGGCUCUCAUUUCACGUUACCUGGUUUUGUGCCCCCCCAUCCUGCAUAUUUUAUGUAACAACAAUGAGAGGUUUUGUGUUUGGCAUUGAAUUGAAGGACUCCUAAGUUGGGCAACAAUAGCCAUGUAGAUAAUUUCUGGGCUUCUUUAUAAUGAAAUGGCUCAUAGUUUUGUAGGCUUUAAA